AUGCCUUUGGCAGCAACAGCAGCUUUAACCACAGCUCCAAUUUCACCAACAGCAACUACAGCUACGACUACUCCAGUCACAUCAACAUCCUCUCAAACCACACUCACAACCCAGCCUCUAACAACUACAACAGCUCCCACAACAACAACUACUUUAGUCUCAUCCACAAUUCCAGCCUCAACUACAUCAACUACUCCAGUCUCAUCAACAAUUGAGUCUUCAACAACACCAUUUACAAUAACUACAACUUCAGCCUCAACAUCCUCUCAAAGCACACCUACAACCUACCCCAUACCAACUACAAUUGCUCCUGCCACAACUACAUCAACUACUCCAGUCUCAUCAUCAGGUCAGUCUUCAUCAACUACUGAAAUCUCAUCAAUAACGACUACACCAGUCUUAUCAACAAGUCAGUCUCCAUCAACAGUUCCAGCCACAACUACAUCAGCUACUCAAGUCUCAUCAACAGCUCCCAGCACAACUUCCUCAACUACUCAAAUAUCAUCAAUAACGACUACACCAGUCUCAUCAACAAGUCAGUCUUCAUCACUGGCUGCUGCCACAACUACAUCAACUACUCCAGUCUUAUCAACAAUUGAGUCUUCAACAGCACCAUUUACAAUGACUGCAACUUCAGCCACAACAUCCUCUCAAACCACACCCACAAUCCAGCCUCUAACAACUACAACGGCUCCCACACCAUCAACUACUUUAGUCUCAUCAACAGUCCCAGCCACAACUAUAAUAACUACUCCAGUAUCACCAACAAGUCAGUCUUCAUUAACAGCUCCUGCCACAACUACAUCAACUACUCCAGUUUCAUCAACAAUUGAGUCUUCAACGACUCCAUUUACAAUGACUGCAACUUCAGCAACAACAUCCUCUCAAACCACACCCACAAUCCAGCCUCUAACAACUACAACGGCUCCCACAACAACAACUGCUUUAGUCUCAUCAACAGCUCCAACCACAACUACAUCAACUACUCCAGUCUCAUCAACAAGUCAGUCUUCAUCAACAGCUCCAGCCACAACUAUAUCAACUACAUCAUCAACAACUUUAUCAACUAAUCGAGUCACAUCAUCAACUCAUCUUUCAACUCCAACUCCAACAAUCAUUGUAUCCAGAACUACAGCAUCACAUCUUGAAACAACUCCAGCAACAACUACCACAUCAGCAAGUACAGCUCAGGUCACAACAAUACCUCAGCCUUUAACCACAACAAUAGCUACAACUCAAGCUGGAACAACUCGUCUUUCAACAUCUUCAACAUCUCCUCAAAUAAGUACUACUUAUGCGAUGUCAUCACCGGUUCCAACUACAACUCCUGCAACAUCUUUACGUAGCUCAACAGCUACUACAAUAAAUCAAGGACCCUUUAUUGUGGCCAGACUUCAGAUGCGAAUUAGUUCCAAUAAUGAACUCACCAAUGAAUCCCUUGAGGAGUUUGUGACUCAGUUUUUUCGACAAGUCCUCGAGGGCACAGCUCACACAGUCAGCAUGAAAAAUGUCCAAAGAGUAUAAUAUUACUUUGAAGUGGACAGAAACUGUCAACAUGCUCUAUAAAAAGCCUGCACCGGUAAAUCUUCAGUUGGACCAUCCUUCAGUGUGGUCAUACUUACAUCGAAUAUUUCUUUGUACUCCGGGUGUAAAAAAAAAAUCAUUGUUAUACCAACUUUGAUAUUUUGCUUGAAAAAGAGUCCCCAAAAAUAUUGGUACUGUACAGUUUAUUGCACAUCUAAUUACUUUAAACAGUGGAAGUGCACCCUAGUAUCAAGUGUGAUGUUAUCUGUACAUGAACAAGUGAAAGCAAACCUAAGAAAUGAGAGCUGUCAACCGCAUCACUUGCUCUGCCUUUGUAUUUUGAUUAAAAGCUGGCACAGUGACGUGGCUGCAGUUACCAGAACAUUCCAUUCCAUUCACGAUUUUCCCUCCUCUUUCCUUACACGCCAACAAGUAAAUGUCAUGCAAAACAUUUAGCAGCAAUAAACUUGAUAACUUCCUGAUUCCAGGUAUGUGAGUAGCCAUAUAGGAGGGAAAUGGAAUGUCAUUGUCAACAGAGGGUAAAUUUAUGUGACACUGAUAAUCAGUGAUUCAUUUUUACAUAUGACUUGACUUUCCAGUUUAUCACUGGUAGACUGUAUUAGGCAACACGUGGAGUUUAUGUGAUCUGUGAGUAGACAAACUGGCCUGAACUACUAGCACUUGUUUUUAUGUGAACAGGAUACGUGUAGCUUUGGUUUUACUUGAAUCAAUAUGAAUAAUUGUAAAUAUAUUUAUUGUUUCGUGUGUUGCUGUAUCCUAACCCAGAAUUUGUCUGCCGGGUUUCAACACAUGGCUGCAGGCCCACACAGGUCCCAUCCAAAGUUGACCACAUUGGCAUUAUUAUCACUGAUCCCAACCUCACUUUCAGAAAAGGUGGUUUCAGGGACAACAGUGUGAUAAAAUCUGAUUUGUCAUUUUGGUAGUUCAGUUAAACAUUUAUCAGAAAAGAAGACAAAAAAUACUGGAGCUAGUGCUUUCCAUACAGCCUACAAAAGUCGGGCCAUUCACUUAGCUAAAUAUAUAAACACAAUGUUGGAACCUUUUGUUGUAGUUCGAUGUGUUCAAAGUAAACUUCUUCUAUGACACAGUGCACAAAGUGACGAGACAUGACCUGUAUUGGUUGCUGCUUUUAUACCCAAUCUUAGCAUUUAAUUGUUUCAUGAGUACCUAGAAUCAUGGAUCCGACACAUCACUAGUGAUUAAUGAAUGAAUUACUUAACACUCUUUUCAUGCACUGACAUUUCUGUACAUUGAUUAUAAAGCACAUUUGUUAUUUUUUGUUGUCACAACAAAAGAUUCUUGAAUCUUUAAUGUAAGGAUGAAUUGUUGGGUAAAAAAACCAAUGCUGCUUUACAUUGUUUUAAAUAAAUAAAUCUGAUCUUGUUUUACGUGAACAUGUUGUUUUCAACUGUACGUAAAAUACAUUUUAUGUAAUCUUUAAGUCUUUGUAAUUAAAUAAAACACCCUUGAGUGAUGUAAGAUAUGCUGAA